CUAGAAAUUCCAUCUCGUCAUUCUUGGGAUCCGAGGAUAAGAACAGCACCAGCUUACGGAUUAUAUUUGUGCCAAGUGCAUUAUAAUCAAAACGAUAUAGAAACUUUUAAAGAGUUUUUACAGGAUCAAAAUGGUAGGGUCUAGAGUUUAUGUUGGGGGCUUACCUUAUGGCACUUCUGAGCGAGACCUUGAGCGUUUCUUCCGAGGCUAUGGCAGAAUGCGGGAUGUUCUCAUCAAAAACGGCUACGGGUUUGUUGAGUUUGAUGAUCAUCGUGAUGCCGAUGAUGCAGUGUAUGAACUAAACGGUAAAAAACUUUUAGGGGAGCGUGUGACUGUCGAGCGAGCCAGGGGCACCCCCAGAGGCCGAGAUCAAUGGUCUGGUGGCGGCCGCAGUAGUGACAGCCGAUCAUUCGAGCGAUAUGGUCCUCCCACCCGCACUAACUAUCGAGUGAUUGUUGAAAAUCUAUCCUCCCGAGUGUCUUGGCAAGACCUCAAAGAUUUUAUGCGUCAAGCGGGAGAAGUUACCUAUGCCGAUGCCCAUAAACAACAUCGCAAUGAGGGUGUAGUUGAGUUUGCUAGUUAUUCUGACAUGAAAAAUGCCAUCGAGAAACUUGAUGAUACUGAUUUAAAUGGCAGAAGAAUCCGCUUAAUUGAAGAUAAAGUGACCAAAAGACGUCGUUCAGCUUCAUACAGCAGUAGAUCUAGAUCAAGAAGCCGCUCCAGGCGUUCUCGUUCCAAAUCCAAGUCCAGAUCUCGAUCAAGGAGCAAAUCCCGGUCCAAAUCUAAAUCUGCUGAGCCGAAAGACGGUGGAAGAUCAAAAUCGAGAUCCCGUUCUCGUUCCAAUUCACGUAAAAGAGACAACAGGUCAAGGUCCACCUCUCGUCGCAAGUCAGUUGACAGAUCCAAAUCUAGAUCAGCAUCUCCAAAACGUUCCAAGUCCAGGGACAGGUCUAAGGAAAGAUCACAUUCCAGGUCAAGAUCUGCCAGUAAAGAAAGAAGUAGAAGCCGAUCACGCUCAGCUGAUAACUAGACAUCGU